UGAGGGCGGGCGGCCCCGGGGCAGUGGGGAUCGAGCGGCGCCGCCGCCGCCGCAGCAGCAGCAGCAUCCGCGGGGCGGCCCGGUUUGGGCCCGGCUCCUCCGCCGCUUCCCUGGGGGCCGCUCUAGUGGGUGUGCUGCUCAGGCUCCUGCACGGAGAAUGAAUGAGGGAAGGAAGCAAACACAGCCCUUGGCUAGGGACAGUGGCUUUCUGGAGGGUUGUCUGAAUUUUGUUCUCUCUCGGCUUUGUCAGGAUGUGUGCCUGCUCUUAUGCGGUGAAGCUGGAAUGACAAGAUAUUAAUCCCUGAGCAAAGGUGCGCUGAACAUGAUGCUGCUGAUGGUGAAUGUGUUGCUGAUGCUACUACCCGUCUCUAAGACCCUUUACGUGGAAGAAUUUUAGGGGUUGCCGUACAGAUCAAUGGACGUGGACCCCUAUGCCAGCAUGCAGGUUGGGAUGCGGGUAGUUCGUGGAGUGGACUGGAAGUGGGGCAGCCAGGACAGCGGUGAAGGGAAUGUUGGGACUGUGGUUGAGAUUGGUCGGACAGGCAGCCCAACCACUCCAGAUAAGACUGUGGUUGUGCAGUGGGAUCAAGGCAACAGAACUAAUUAUCGGACUGGAUUCCAAGGGGCUUACGACCUUCUUCUGUAUGAUAACGCACAAAUAGGUGUCCGUCACCCUAACAUCAUCUGUGACUGUUGCAAGAAGCAUGGUAUACGUGGAAUGCGGUGGAAAUGCAAGAUGUGUUUUGACUAUGACUUGUGCACGCAGUGUUAUAUGAACAACAAGCAUGACCUGUCUCACUCCUUCGAGCGCUAUGAAACAGCACACUCACAACCUGUCCUAGUGAGUCCUCGACAGAAUUUGACUCGCAUCACAUUAAAAGGGACUUUCCAGGGGGCUAAAGUAGUCCGUGGCCCUGACUGGGAGUGGGGUAACCAGGACGGUGGUGAAGGUAAAACUGGACGUGUGGUUGAUAUUCGUGGCUGGGAUGUGGAGACGGGACGCAGUGUGGCCAGCGUUACAUGGUCUGAUGGUACCACAAAUGUCUACAGAGUUGGACACAAGGGAAAAGUGGACCUGAAAUGUACUGUAGAGGCAUCUGGUGGCUUUUACUACAAAGAGCAUCUCCCAAAAUUAGGAAAACCAGCUGAACUGCAGAGGAAAGAAAGCACAGACAGGCAUCCAUUCCAGCAUGGGGACAAAGUGAAAUGCAUGCUAGACAUUGACAUCUUGCGGGAGAUGCAGGAAGGCCAUGGUGGCUGGAAUCCUAAAAUGGCUGAGUUCAUUGGCCAGACGGGGACUGUGCACAGAAUCACGGACAGAGGGGACGUGAGGGUCCAGUUCAACAGUGAAACCCGCUGGACUUUCCAUCCUGGAGCUCUGACUAAGCUCAACACCUUUUGGGUUGGUGAUGUUGUCCGGGUGAUAGAUGAUAUGGAAACAGUGAAGCGAUUCCAGCCUGGUCAUGGGGAGUGGACAGAUGAAAUGGCACCUGUGAGUGCACACCAGUUCCAGGACAGUCCAGCCCUAGGGCACAUCGGCAAAGUGAUCAAAGUCUAUGGGGAUGGAGAUUUGCGAGUGUCGGUUGGAGGGCAGUCCUGGACGUUUAACCCAGCUUGUCUGACAGCGUAUCAGAGAGAUGAGGAAGCAAAUCUCAUGACAACGGAGAAUGCGAAGGAAUCAAAAAGUACUUUGACUACUGUUUUGGAGAAACUGCUCUCCCAGAAGACAGAGUCAGAGCAUGCAGGCUGCCUGGUCAUUUGUGCAGCACUCAACAAUGCAGCUAAAAUUCGGGAGCUUCUUCAGAAGUACCCGGACAAGGUCGACGCAAAGAACCAGGGUAGAACUGCCCUGCAGAUUGCCUCUUAUCAGGGGCAUCUGGAUGUUGUGAAGACUUUGCUUCAGGCACAUGCCACUGUCAACCUAAGGGAUGAAGAGGGGGAUACAGCACUGCACUACGCAGCUUUUGGAAACCAAGCUGAGGUUGCCCGUGUGCUUAUUGCUAAAGGAGCCAGUGCAGACCUAUUAAACAACGCAAAGUGCACAGCAUUGUAUGUUGCUGUUAGUCAAGGAUUCACAGAGGUGGUGCGGACCCUCUGUGAGCUCAACUGUGAUGUCAACCUCCCAGAUUCCCAGGGAGACACCCCCCUGCAUUAUGCUAUCACUGCAGAUUACGAAGUUGUUAUUGAGCUUCUCACUGAAGUACCCAACAUAGACUUUACCGUCCAGAAUUGUCAAGGCUUCAACCUGCUCCACUAUUCUGCUCUAAAAGGCAACAAGCUAGCCAUAAAGAAGAUUCUAGCAAGAGCUCGGCAGCUGGUUGACUCCAAAAAGGAAGACGGCUUCACUGCCCUGCACCUUGCUGCUCUCAAUAACCACAAAGAAGUGGCAGAAAUUCUCAUCAAAGAGGGUCGCUGUGAUGUCAACCUCAAGAACAACCGUAACCAGACACCACUGCACCUGGCUGUCAUCCAGGGCCAUGUAGGGAUGGUGCAACUGCUGGUCAGUGAAGGCAGUGAUGUCAACGCUGAAGAUGAGGAUGGAGACACAGCCAUGCACAUUGCCUUGGAACGGCAGCAGCUAAUGUCCGUCAUGAUGGAGAAGCGUGAAGGGGAGAUGGGGUUAACAGUCUUUUCCAAGCUGCAGGCUUCUGGCUUCCUUGGAAAUGUAGAGCUGAAUGUUGGAACUGCAAUUGCAUGUUAUUUAGCACAAGAAGGAGCAGAUAUUAAUUAUGCAAACCAUCGGGGAAAGUCUCCUUUAGACCUCAUAACAGAUGGAAGGAUUGUCCAGAUUGUCAAAGACUUCUCUCAGAAAUUCAGGGAACAACAGGUUUCUUCAGACAGCUCAGCCAUCACCUGCAGCCUUCGCCGUGUGCAUACCACCCCCAACACAAUGACCAACCUUAGUGUCUCGAGUGUGGCAGUCCCCACAGAGUGCCUGGUCUGCUCAGAGCUGGCCUUGCUCAUCCAUUUCUUCCCAUGCCAGCACAGUAUUGUGUGUGAAGAAUGCUCCAGGAGAAUGAAGAAGUGCAUCAAAUGUCAAGUGACAAUAACCAAAAAACUGAAACAAGACAGCACCGAGGUGGAGUGCAGCCCAAGCUCUGAAUCCACAGAUCAGAGGAAGCUCAUGGAGGAGCUGCAGAACCGCUACCGGCAGAUGGAAGAGCGUAUCACCUGCCCUAUUUGCAUCGAUGACCAAAUCAAACUGGUCUUCCAGUGCGGACAUGGCUCUUGCCCAGACUGCAGCACAGCUCUUACUGUCUGCCCCAUUUGCCGGCAGGCUAUCCGGGAGAGGAUUCAGAUCUUUGUCUAAGGAUAUGCUUGCCUCCCUUCCUGUUCCCACCUCCCUCCUUUACUUCCUUUUUGUUUGCAUUUUAGAUGAGAAGUGCUAGUCAGGCUGAUGUGUUUGGCUACGUGCAAAGCCAUCCUGAAAGAGAGGGAAGCAAAUAACUGCUGUGACUUGGGUGGAGGUGGAGGGAGUCUCCUCUACCUCCCACAUCCUAAUGCCAAGGAGCGGUGCUUGACAGCAGGCAGCCCCCUCACCCUGUGCUGCUGAUCCACCAGAAAGACCCAAAGUGAAGAACACUGACCUGUCUACUGAAGGCGUAAGCGACUUUCAGACCAGAGGCGAAUAGGUUUCCCCGUGCAGAUGUUUUCAGCAGCAUCUGACUCCGGUGACUGCAUGGUGUCAGAUUUGCAGCCUUGCGCUGCUCUGAAAGGAGAUGCUGUAGGAGGAUAUACCUUCUACCUUGGCAGGCAGUGGCAAAGCUUACGCUUGCGCUUCACAUGAGGAGAUAUCAGAGGAGAUGAAGCCUGGUGUCAGUGCUCACAGAUGCCUGUCAGUGGUAGGGAGGUAAUGUCCUAAGACAGCAGGCUCUCGACUCGUACUUACGGGCUCAGCAAGAACUUGGACUGACAGAGGCAAAUCCGGAUGUGAUGGGAUCCUAAAGACAGAGUGUGUGCCUUAGAGAUAAAGUAGUAAACACUGAUUGGAGAAAAUAUGUUGUUACAACAAAUGUUUCUAACCUCUAAGUGACACUCUUCUUCCAUAUUUUUUUUGGCACAACCAUGUGUUCAGAGACUCCUGAGCUUUCUAUCCAUAAUGCCAAAGGCAGGUGUUAAAUAAUCCAGUCAAAGUGUAAAGAAAAUAAAUAGUAAUAAUUAAGACAUGAGAAAAA